AUGGCCUCCCUCACCGACUUCUUCACUGCCUUCGACGCCGCUGCCACCAAGCAGAAAUUCCCCGCCUCGCUGCAGUCCUCCGCCGCCGCCAUCGACAAGGCCGCUCUCCAGGCUGCCGUCGAGGCCGUCCUGGCCGGCGGCGAUGACGCCACCGCCGGUGCCCAGGACGCCGUCCUCAAGGCUGGAUUCGAGUUCGCGACCGAGCUGGUGAAGAUGCUGGAGAAGGAGCCCGGGCCGGAGGAGAAGCUGGCGCUGUACAAGUACUUCAAGCAGGCGCGUGGCGAGCAGCCGGCUCAGCCUUCGUUUUAUCAGAUGGAGGCCAAGUUCAAGUAUAACGCCUGGAAGGAGGUCAGCCACAUCAGCGCCCAGAAGGCCCAGGCGCUCUACAUCAAGGAGGUCAACGAGCUGAUCAACAAGUACGGCACCCGUGCCGAGUAA